GGCUUCGGUCCUCGCAACCUAAAAUAAGUAUCCAAAGUUUUGUCAAAAAUCCUCUGCACUUUGAAGUUAGAGGAAGAUCAAUACUUUGAUCGAUCUUCUUCCCCAAGGAGAAAGAAAAAGAUGGGUUCUCAUGUUCUUAGGUCUCCCAUUACCUUGCGCUCUUACACCAGCUCCCUCGUCGGUUUCUUCUCCAAAUCUACCAAUCCUCUUCUCUCUGCGAGAUGGGUUAAAGCAGGAGAAGCCACUUCUAUCAGAUGUCUUGCUUCUGCUAUACGUGGAAAGAAUAAGAAACAGAGACUGGAUGAGGCAUGUCUCGAAAGGUAUCAGGAAUACAGUCGCACACUAAUACAAUCAUGGAUUUUACAAGGCAAAGUGCUUGUGGAUGGGAAAAGAGCUAGUAAAGCUGGGAUGCCUGUAGGAAAUGAUGUUUCCAUAAAGAUUACAGCUGAGGUUCCCAAAUAUGUAUGUAGAGGUGGGCUGAAGCUGGAAGCUGCAAUAGAGAAGCUAGAUGUUGAUGUUUCUGAGAAAGUGGUUCUUGAUUCUGGACUCUCUACAGGAGGGUUUACAGAUUGUUUGCUUCGUUAUGGCGCAGCUCAUGUGUAUGGCGUAGAUGUUGGUUACGGUCAGGUAGCUGAUAAAAUUCGUAAUGACAAGAGAGUGACUGUUAUGGAAAGGACAAAUGUGAGAUACCUCCCUGGUCUCCCCCAAAAAGUCGAUGUAGUGACACUUGAUCUCUCCUUCAUUUCCAUUCUCAAGGUGAUGCCAGCUGUUAUGAAUGUGAUGAAUGAAGAUGCAACUUUAGUUACCCUUGUCAAACCCCAAUUUGAAGCUCGACGAUCACAGGUUGGGAAGGGUGGUAUAGUGAGAGACCCUGAAGUACAUCAGGAGGUUCUUGAGAGGAUAAUAAAUGGUGUUGAGAACUUUGGAUUCACCAACAAAGGGUUUAUUGAAUCUCCCAUCAAGGGCGCCGAUGGCAACAUAGAGUUCUUGGUUCGCUUCGACAGAGGGAAGACAGUUAAAAAACCCGAAGAAGAAGAGUAG